UCCCGCAACAUCCUCAUAAGCCAGGAGUCCACUUGUAAUAAGAAAGAAAGAAAAGAAAUAAUAAAGCAGUGUAAAACAAACGUCUUUUGCGUGAAUUCGAUACUUGGAUAGUUGUGGAGAUGUGGAUUACGAGUACAUUAACGCGCUCCAGCCGUUUUGUAGAGAUCGCGUUUCGGUGAGAAAUCAGCAUCAGCAGGUAUGAACUCAGAGACUAAAACGGGCUGUUUAAUUCGGAUCUGCUUCCUCAUGCUAAUCAUCUAACCAGUCUUCAGGAUGUCUCUAAUGUUCGGGAAAGCAAGAACUUGCAAUAUCGUCACAGUUCCCGAGCACGAGCCCUCAGAGGUGAACAUUGUGAUUUUAGGAGCGAUGGGCUCUGGAAAGUCAGCACUUACUGUCAAAUUCCUCACCAAGCGCUUCAUCAGUGAAUAUGACCCCAACCUCGAAGACACUUACUCUUCUGAAGAAGUCGUGGACCAGCAGCCAGUUUUAGUGAAAGUGAUGGACACGGCGGAUCAGGAUGGACCGGUGAACUGUGAGCGCUAUUUAGGCUGGGCCAAUGCCUUCAUCAUCGUCUACAGCAUUGACAACAGGAGGAGCUUCGAGGUCUGUCAGCAGUAUUUAGAGACUGUGAGCCUUUACUCCAAAGGCCUGCAGCCGGAAGCUCCUGUCAUCCUUCUAGGCAACAAAGUGGACAUGGAGAGAUACAGACAGGUGAGCAAGGCAGACGGUGCAGCUCUGGCUUUGCGCUUCGGCUGCCUUUUCUUUGAAGUCUCCGCCUGUUUGGACUUCCUGUCAGUUCAGCACAUCUUCCAUGAAGCGGUCCGGGAAGUCCGGCGAGAGAUGGAGAGGGGCAUCCGUCCGCUCUUCAUCAGCGAAGACAAGUCUGCAAUCAGCCUGAGCUCUGCUCCUCCGCUCACUGCCUGCUAUAAAGAGCUUCCCACACCGGCUACUGCAAAGCUGGUUACUGUUAAAUCCUCCAGAGCUCAGAGCAAACGCAGAGCCCCGACGCUGACACUCCUCAAGGGCUUCAAGAUCUUCUGACGCCCUCUAGAGAAACUGAAGAGCAUCUGCAGGAGGGAACACUCCUAUUGUGCUGUUUUAAAGGGCACCUACUUUACCCCUUUUUUAAGAUUUAAUAUUAAUAUUAUGGCUCUUCUGAGUGUGCCAGUUUAGGUUCAGUUCAAAACCCAAUUCAGAUUGUUUUAUUAUAAUGUGUUAUAAAGUGUCAUUUUGGGUGUGUAUACACAGCUCGCUGUUUUAGGGGUGUGUUGUUUCAUAUGAAAAUUAGUAUCGACUUCCCACCCAACGUAACAAGGGGGCGGAGCCAAGAGCUCCCCUGCUUUGUGUAUGGCAGCAGACUGGCAGACAGAGAGAAGCAACAUGAGUGAGAGGACCAGCAUUCAGCCGUACAUGUACAACUCGGACACAGACCAAGCAGAGAGUACAAAAUCAUUUGUGUCUUUGUAUAGUUUUACAGCCAACUGUGUGCUAGUUUCAAGUUCCGAGCUUGUACACCGAGACUAAUAACCACACACACUGAAUUAACUUUGACUGAGGUUAUAACUAAAGGGCAUUACACACCGCAUGCGCCGCUCAGAGCCACGACACGGCACACCAGACGUGCACAAUCGCAUGUUAUUUAAAAUGAAACUAUUCAGAUGGCGCUCUGUGGCGUGGCAGAAAUAUGAACAGUGUCCUGAGACGUGGCUGAGCGCCCCUGACGUCGCCGAGCGGCGCUUCUAGUGUGCGACCUGCUUACGGCAAGUUCGUUAUUUCCAAUGGAGGGACGCGCACGUGAGGCAACACGUUCGCAGCUGCACCUAGUUGAGAUGACAGGGAGCUUCUGUGACUGCAGGAAAUGCAAACAGCUGAAGUUUAAGGAAGACGCAAUGAUAAGUACACAGGUUUGCAAACCCACCUAAAGUUACAAACAAUGGCGCCGAUGAGAGCGAUCAUGUGGUGAAUGUUGAUCUUGUGUUGAGCCCAAUGAGCCUUAUAUCUAAAAAUAGAGCAAGGGUGUUUCUUUGGUGACAUUACUUUGACUCACACGCUGAAAAUGGCGGACGUGAAACAACAAACUGAUGAUAUGGUGAUGCGCGCCUGUCAAUCAAUAUUGGUGGGUGGUGGGAUCUCACUCCUACGUCAAUUUGCGGUCGCUCUGAAAACCGCUCCAAUUGGUCCACUGUUUUUAUGUUGUUAAAUUGAAAAAAAAAGGACUGGGUGUGUUUAUAUCACCCCAAUAUGACGGUCUAUACACUAUACCUACACACAUGUCUGUCCAAACAGCUUGAAAAGUAGAUUUUUCACCAUAGGUGCCGUUUAAAGGAACACUAUUUUUGGCUCAUUUUGCAAGAACAGUUGAGUUUUAAUAUUUUUUAAUCCAUUCAGCCGAACUUUGGGUCUGGCAGGAGCACUUUUAGCUUAGCUUAGCAUAAAUCAUUGAAUAAAAGUAGAUCAUUAGCAUCUCGCUCAAAAAAAUUUAAGAAAAGACUUUGAUAAUUUUCCUAUUUAAAGCUUGACACUUCUGUAGUUGUAUCAUGUACUAAGACUGACGGAAAAUGAAAAACUUGCUACUUUCCAGGUUGAUAUAGCUAGGAACUAUACUCUCAUUCUGGCCUAACACAGCCAUAUCACUAUGCAACCGAAGACCGGUUAUACAGGUUACCAGGGCUGAGCCUGGUUAGUACCUGUAUAGGAGAUCACUUGGGAAAACUAGGUUGCUGUUGGAAGUGGUGUUAGAGGGGGCAGCAGGGGGCGCUCAACCUGCGGUCUGUGUGAGUCCUAAUGCCCCAAUAUAGUAAAGGGGACACUAUACUGUCAGUGAGCACCGUCUUUCGGAUGAGGCGUUUAACUGAGGUCCUGACUCUCUGGUCAUUAAAAAUCCCAUGCCACUUCUUGUAAAGAAUAGGGGUGUAACGCUGGUGUCCUGGCCAAAUUCCCCAUCCCUUACCCAUCAUGGCCUCCCAAUCAUACCCAUCCACUGAAUUGGCCCUAUCACUGUCUCGCCACUCCACCUACAGCUGGUGUGUGGUGAGCGCACUGGCUCUGUUGUCCUGUGGCUGUCGUCGCAUGAUAGACAGUGGAUGCUGCACACUGGUAGUGGUGUGGAGAGACAAACACCCCCCACCCCCCACCCAAAUAGUUGUGAAGCAAUUUUGGUGUUUGGCCAUAGAUAAUAAAUGCACUUUAUAAGUACAGACAUUACAUUUCUAAUUGAAUAACUUUGCUGCUGUGCCAGUGCUUAACUAGUUACCUAACUGGGGACUAUUUUCAGGUGCUGUGUAAUACCUUUGCGCCUCCUGUAGUCAUGGUACAGCAGUAAAGUUCCUUGAUUAUUGCAGUCUCAGGCUGCAUUUGAUUGGAUGUUUUCUAGUCAAAUUACAACAAUGAUCAUUUUGCCUUUAUUUUUUUAGUUUAUCUAAGUUUAUAUGAAACUUUCCAUAAAUGUGGGACUCUUAUUUUAAAAAUAGGAGGGGCAAGGAUACACAUUGUUUUUUAUACAUUGCUAAGCGAUGCAGAUAGAUGCUGAAUGUUGGUGCCGAUGUGCGUACACUGAUAGAAAACAUUGUUUCCAGUUUUUUAGUGCUUCAUGUCCAGUGUGCAUCAGGAUGCAAAAUGCAGGAUAUACGGAUUAUACAUUUAUUCAGCGCCACCUCUAAGAGGCAUAAUAAGGUCUGUUUAAAUGUAUUUUUUAGUUUAAGUAAAUCUGUUGUAAAGUCCCAUCUGAUUGGUCAGAUUUGGAUAUUGACAACCUAUGAAUGCAACACACAAAUGCUUGUCACAUAAAAUGAAUGUAUUGCAUACCAAUAUUAUAGCUAUAAUAACAUUUUUUACGAUGUAUUGUGCAGCCCUAAUUAAAACCUUUUUAAAAUAAGUUCAAGAUGUCAGUUUUUUCAAGGGAAUUUUGAUUUCCCAGUUCUUGACCCCUUUAAGCAUUUUUGAUUUUGUUUUGGAGGUCUUCUACAAGAGGUUUACAUCAAUUUGAGGUUCAAAUAAUAUAAUUAUUAUAUUAAAUAUCAUAAUAUCCACUGCAGCAUCAGCCCUUUUCUCACAAAAUCUGAAAUGGACAACCCAGGCUCAUUCUGAAAACGCACCGCUAUAUACAUUUCUGGAGAGUGCCAAAACAAAGUUUUUGUUUUCAUGAAUCCAGGCCGAUGUGUACGCUUUUUCAGAUCUCAAAUUUGUCUCGCGAUUGCCAUUCACACCUGCUGUUCUCACGUAAAUCCACCUGAGGCCGCUGACUGACUGACUUACUGAAUGACUGACCGAUCGACUGACCCACCUUCCUCCUUCCCUAAACCCCAUCAAUAGUGUUUUCAAAAGCACCAACUGACCCUCCCACCCACUUCCCUAAACCCAACCCACAGUUUUCAAAAGCAGUC